AUGGAGGACGACCUCAACAGCACCAUUGAUCCGGCUUGUUUACAAGAUCCCCCGCUGGCUAUCGACGUGAUCAGGCAGCUAGAUGUGUUUGAAAUUUGCCUGUACUCCAUGCUCACCUGUAUGUCCUGCAUAUCCCUGCUGCUGUACCUGGAGCAGUGCCUCUAUAUUUAUAAAACACUGCCCUACCCCAAGAAGACGACCACCAUUUGGAUAAGUGGCGCAGCACCAGUCAUUGCCACCAUGUCUUGUUUCGGGAUGUGGAUCCCGAGGGCUGUCAUGAUCACAGACAUGACGUCUAACUGUUAUUUUGCGGUCGUGGUGUAUAAGGUCUUGGUGCUGAUAAUCGAGGAGUUCGGGGGAAGCAAUGAGUUUCUGAGACGGUUUUCUGGUAAAGGCUUUCGGAUCAGCACAGGACCGUGCUGCUGCUGCUGCUACCCAUGCUUACCCUACGUGCCCAUGACUCGGCGAUUGUUUUUCUGGAUGAAGUUGGGUGCUCUUCAGUAUGCGAUCCUAAAGACGGCACUCUCUGUCCUCGCCAUAGUGUUGUGGACAAACGGCAACUUUGAUCUCUCAGAUCUAGAGAUCACAGGCACAGCCAUUUGGAUUAAUCCAUUCAUUGGCGUUCUCACCAUCAUCUCCCUUUGGCCUGUCGCCAUCAUCUUCAUGAACACUAAGGGCUUUCUACGAGGCAUCAAUCUUGUGCCCAAGUAUGCCAUGUACCAACUGAUACUUGUAUUGAGUCAGCUGCAGACGUCAAUCAUUAACAUCCUGUCCUUGAAUGGAACCAUCGCCUGUGCCCCUCCCUUCUCCUCCCAAGCUCGUGGAUCCAUGCUAAGUCAGCAGAUGAUGAUCAUGGAAAUGUUCAUCAUCACCCUGAUCAAUCGUUUUUUCUACCAUCGCACGUAUGACCCACAUCCCUGUGAGGAACACGACAACGACCAGAACGCCAAAAUUGACCUGCAGCCUGCUCUCGUGGAGCACGAUGUCUAA